AUGAAAUUCUCCACUGUUGCUUUAUCUUUGCCAUUAAUUGCUAUGGUUCAAGCUGGUAUUUCCAGUCCAACUUAUUACAAGCCAGAGCAUACUGAAGAAAUUGGUGUUGAAACUGUUGAUUAUGAAUUUGCUUUAGGUGUCAGAGAAAAAUGUGAUGAAGAUACCAUUUAUUUAGCUUAUGAGGUCGAUGAUGGUCAAUUGGAACGUAACGAUAAAAAAGUUGAUUGUAACUGCAAAUCAGAACCAGUUGUUUACCCAACCCCGCGUCCAAGCAAAACUUAUUGGGAUGGUGGUGACGACAACGACGAAUGUGAUGAAGAUUGUGACGAUGAAGACAAAAAGAAGGGACACAAACAAUACAAACGUGGUGAAGUUGAAGAGCCAUGUGAAACUAGCGAUUGUGACUUCUGUACUAUUGAGAAAUCUUUCUGUCAAGACCAAUUUACUUUAUGUGAAGGUGUUUUGAAAGAUCAACGUUCCGCUAUUGGUUCAAUUGUUGCCAACCAUCAAUUCCAAUUUGAUAACCCAAUACAAAAGGAUGCCUUACAUACUUGUGGCUGGUCAAUCGUUGAAAAAGAUUGUGUCAAGUUGUUAGCUCUUGAUGGCUGUACUGAUUUCUGGGAAUGUCCAGUUGAUGAUUGUGAUACUUACAAAUUAUAUGAUUCUUCCAUCGAUGAUAAAUGUAAGGAAAUUGAAAUCAUUGUGAUUUUAUUUGAGGAAGAAGAAGAAGAAAAGAAAAAGCAUAAAUCUUGGUAA